AUGGGACUUACAGGUCUUCCGGGUCUUGAAGAUCUUGCGGGUCCUGUGGGUCUUGUGGGUCUUGCGCGUUUUGCGUGUUUUGUGAGUGUUGCAAGCCUUCCGGGUCUUCUAGAUCUUCCGGGUCUUGCAGCUCUUGCGAGUCUUGCAGAUCUUACGGGUUUUGGAGAUCUUGCGGGUCUCGUAGAUCUUGUGGGUCUUACGAGUCUCGUGGGCCGCGUGAGUCUUCCGAGCCUUGUGGGUCUUACGGGUCUUGUGAGUCUUACGGGUCUUGUGGUUUUUACGGGUCUUGCGGGUCUUACGGGUCUUGUGAGUCUUACGGGUCUUGUGGGCCUUACGAGUCUUGUGGAUCUUACGGGUCUAGUGGGUCUUACAGGUCUUGUGAAUCUUACGGGUCUUGUGGGUCUUGUGAGUCUUACGGGUCUUGUGGGUCUUACGGAUAUUGUGGCUCUUACGGGUCUUGUGAGUCUUACGGGUCUUGUGGGUCUUACGGGUCUUGUGGGUCUUACGGGUCUUGUGAGUCUUACGGGUCUUGUGAGUCUUACGUGUCUUGUGUGUCUUACGGGUCAUGUGUGUCUUACGGAUCUUGUGUGUCUCACGGGUCUUGUGGGUCUUACGGGUCUUGUAGGUCUUAUGGGUCUUGUGAGUCUUACGGGUCUUGUGGGUCUUACGUUUCUUGUGGCUCUUACGGGUUUUGUGAGUCUUGCGAGUCUUGCGGGUCUUGCAAGUCUUGUUGGUCCUGCGUGUCUUGUGGGUCCUGUGAGUCCUUCGGGUCUUCUGAACCUUGCGGGUCUCCCGGGCCUUGUGGGCCCUACGGGUCUUAUGAGUCUUACGGAUCUUGUAGGUCUUACGGGUCUCGUGGGCCUUGUGAGUCUUCCGAGUCUUGUGGAUCUUACGGGUCUUGUGGAUCUUGUGAGUCUUACGGGUUUCGUGGGCCUUGUGAGUCUUCCAAGUCUUGUGGGUCUUACUGGUCUUGUGUGUCUUACGGAUCUUGUGUGUCUUACGGGUCUUGUAGGUCUUAUGGGUCUCGUGAGUCUUACGGGUCCUAUGGCUCUUACGGGUCUUGUGAGUCUUGCGGGUCUUGUUGGCCUUACGUGUCUUGUGAGUCUUGCGGGUCUUGUUGGCCUUACGUGUCUUAUGGGUCCUGUGAGUCCUUCAGGUCUUGUGAGCCUUGCGGGUCUUCCGGGCCUUGUGGGUCCUACGGGUCUUAUGAGUCUUACGGGUCUUACGGGUCUUACGGGUCUUGUGAGUCUUACGGGUCUCGUGGGCCUUGUGAGUCUUCCAAGUCUGGUGGGUCUUACGGGUUUUGUGGGCCUUACGGAUUUUGUGGGUCUUACGGGUCUUGGUAGUCUUACGAGUCUUGUAGGUCUUACGGGUCUUGUGUGUCUUACGGAUCUUGUGUGUCUUACGGGUCUUGUGGGUCUUACAGGUCUUGUAGGUCUUAUGGGUCUCGUGAGUCUUACGGGUCCUGUGGCUCUUACGGGUCUUGUGAGUCUUGCGGGUGCUGUUGGCCUUGCGUGUCUUGUGGGUCCUGUGAGCCUUGCGGGUCUUCCGGGCCUUGUGGGUUCUAGGGGUCUUAUGAGUCUUACGGAUCUUGUGAGUCUUACGGAUCUUGUGUGUCUUACGGGUCUUAUGGGUUUUACGGGUCUUGUGGGUCUUAUGUGUCUUACGAGUCUUACGAGUCUUGUGAGUUUUACGGGUCUUGUGGAUCUUGCGGGUCUUGCGGAUCUUGUGGAUCUUGUGGAUAUGACGGGCUUUGCGGAUCUUGUGAAUAUGAUGGGCUUUGUGGGUCUUUAG